UAGAGAAUAGUGCACAUGUGCGCCAAUGAAUGAUAGCGAUACCGAACACUAGAAUUUGCAACAACUGAGAAUAGACAUUUCCCAUCCACUUUGGAAACUUUGUCCCGUUUGAAGUGAGUCAACCGUGGCCAUGGAUGGAAUUUUAAAAGAAUUAGAAGUGGAAAUCCUUUAAAGGUUCUUUUGAAGCUCCCGCGAAAUAUGCAAGAAGAAAUUUCUGCACAGGCUGUGAUAUUCCCGGUGCAGCAUACGGCAGAAUAUAAUGUCUCUCAGGCCGUGGGGUAUAGUCGGAAGAGACAGUGCCGUUUGUCUUUUUAAUGAGUACUUUCUUGUUUCGUACUCAAAGCAUUUGAAAGCAGUAUCUUAUUUCUUUGUCAAUGGCACUUAUCACUGUCCAUUGAAGUUGUCAAAAUGUUUGGUGCAAUGAAUCUCAGUUUUUGUUACAUCGUCGUUACUUCAGACUGACAGAGACUCUGCCGACGACAUUCUCCCCCGCGCCGUGGAAGUCUCAGGUUCAGUUCCAAAUCCAAAAUGGCGAACAAGUUCCUUGCUCCUACUCUCGAGCAGUGUGCCGUAAGAAGAAUAAAUUGAACGUUGUGAAGGUAACCGUGUCACCAAAUGUUUUAACGGUACUCUAGUGCGAAGUGUUCAUCAGACUAUCGAACUACAUUAAGUGAACUGUGCUACUUGUCUCAUUUUAUGAUAUCACGACUCUUUUGAAUUUAUAUUUAUUCACGUUAAGAAAUGGAUUCCUGGUCAGUCAGUUUUAGUGACAAAGCUUGGGACUUUGAUGAAAAUGAAACUGAAAAUGUAGUAUUUUUGGACGGGGCUCCAAAUCACAACCAAAUGUGUUUUAUUGGGGCAGGGCCUCCUGCUCCAAUGCAUUUGGAUAAUAAUAUUGUCCCUAGUUCAUCUGGGUCAAAGCUGAAUGAUGAAUUUGGCGAUAUAUGGAUUCCUCCUCCUAAAAAAGACGAUAGUCCAGAAGAUCCUGAUGGGCCCCCUCUAAGAAAAUUAUUUGUGGGAAAUCUUCCGUACAGGGUUACGGACUCAAAGCUGAAAGCUUUCUUUACCAAGUUUGGUAAAGUGAUAAAUGCUCAUGUUAAACGUGAACCAACUAAAAGAAGACAUGCAUUUUAUGGCUUUGUCACUUUUCACAAGCCAGACGAUGCGAGGACUGCCUUAAAUGCUCCACCAAAAGAGCUUUCUUUGUUUGGAUAUCAACUUUGUGUGAAUAAAGCAGACAAAGUGCAUCAGCCUAUUGAGUUACCCGAUGGAACAGUUCAAUGGCUGCCUGGCAAACGUUUCUUUAAGGAAUCUGGUGAAGCUGUUUGUGAGAAAGCUAAAAGGAACCAACUAGAUUUUCAAUCAAGUCUUUUUAGUGAAUCUGAGCCAAUGGAUGUGGUUGAUGAGUACAGGGAGGGAGAAGUUUCUCCUUUUUCCACUCUUAAUGAUGAUUGUCUUCUUCACAUAUUUUCUUUCCUUUCUCUCACUGAUCGAGUUCGUGUUGAAAGAGUAUGCAAGCGGUGGCAAUUUGUUGCUCGCAGUAUGUGGCGGCGUAUGCACUCCUUAGACAUGCAACAGCUGGCCUUACCUCCUCACCACCUUCACAGUAUGGGAGUACUAAAAAGUAUUUUAAUGAGAUGUGGUGACAGCCUGUCAUUUUUGUCUCUUGCCAUUUAUGCUCACAGUAGGCAUAGGCGCAGCAAGUUUCUUCCCAUUGUUGGUACUCUCUGUCCCAACUUGCAUGAGUUAGAUGCUACAGGUGUAAGACUGAAUAAAUAUGGUCUGCAAAGAUUGGGUAGUGGUUGCUCAAAACUUCGCAAACUUAACUUGAACUUUUGCUCAGGAGUGGAUGAACGGUUUCUUGAGAACCUGUUACGAAUAUUACCUGACCUCGAGAGUUUAAGUUUGGCUCAGUGGGGUGACCUAACUGGACAAGCACUAAAUAAGCUACCACCUUACACAAUGCGUGAAUUGAAUCUUAAUAAUUGUAGCAAUUUGAGACCUAAUGAAUUGCUUUCGGCAGUAAAACGCCUCCCUUACUUAGAAAGUUUGACAUUAACAUCUUGUAUUAGCCUUUCUAAUCAGCAUGUGAAGGCCAUAUUUGAAUCUGUUCCACAAUUGCGAUCAUUAAAUAUGGCACAGUAUUUUCCAAGACUUAAAUAUUCCUCCUUGGAAUCCAUCGGUAUGCUGUGUAAUCUUCGAUCUCUGAAUCUUGAACUCAAUGAUCUCUUAACAGACAGUGGCUUAGAGACCAUUGUGGAGGGCUGUAAAGAUCUUGAAUGUCUCAACAUAACUGGUUGUCGGGCAUAUGCUCCUGAACAUUGUGUGACCACGAAAGGAAUCAAAACACUUGCUCGAUUGUCAUGUUUACGUGAGCUGAAAAUGAGCUAUCUUGCUGAUAUCAAUGAUGAGGCUCUUAUUGUCCUUGCACAAAACAGCGCUCUCCAUAAGCUAGAAUGCAGAGGAUGUCCAUCACUCAAGGGAGAUGGCUUUUUGAGGAUUAUUUCUUUAUGCCCAGACUUGGAACUGUGUGAUGUUAGUGGUUGUGAUCAUGUAAAGAUUUCAAUAGUGAAAACGGCAAUAACUGCUGUCAAACUACGUAACAACAAUACUUUCCUUCGACUUCUUGUUGGUGGCACCGGAAUUGCAUGGGAACAGUUAGAUGCCUGCAAGCAAGAUUUUCCUUCCCAUUUGAAUGUUGAAUUAGUUGAUUUAUCUGUACCACAUCUACGCCCUGACUUUGUAGAUGGAAUAUAUUUUGACAAUUUAUCAGACUACUCUGAUGGAGUUGAUGAUGAAGUGGAAUUGGAAGACAUGUAUGAUGAUCUCUGUGAUGAUAUUGAUGACAUUGGUCAAGAAGACAAGGAACUAAAUUACCGUCAGCCACCUGAGGCCUGAGGCACCGCCUCCAGCUUUGUUGUGUUUUGAAAGUUCUUGCUUACCAGAACUUUUCUGAAGCACAUUUUUAACUCUUUUUGAGGGUAAACUAUAGAGUUAAUGGCAGUGGUACACUUAGCGUCUACCUCUGUGAGUUUUUGUUUUGUGUGCUCAUUGACGCCACGCCUGUGUGUGCUGAAAGUAUGUGUCCAGUAGUGAUGCAACAUAUUUGACAUGUUGAGCGGUGAUAUUAGUAGGUGUCAAUGAUGACUUUUAGAGGCCAUCGGAACAAAACCGAUGCUUUUAAACUGCCAAUAACUGUAAAGUUUAUUCUAGUUUGUAAAUUUUCUGGUUUUAUUCUCUUUGCUUAUUUUUAUUUAUAUUCGAUGAAGGGUGAGAUCUUUGACUUAAUUACGAGUCAUUGUGUUUCAGUGGUUUUCCAAAUUCGUUCCUCAACCUUUGUUUUAAGUUCAACACUGCACAUAAUUGUUAUUCUGCCCAUGGUCUUCUGUGAGGAAAGGGCCCAUAUUAAACCUCAGGAAACUUGUCUCAAUUUCUUAGCUUGUCCUCUUCUCACUAGAGGGUAGGCAUAUCCUAAUGUAAUUAAUUGUGAUUGUACAUUUGUAUAUUUUUAUCUAUUGAUUGUGUACAUUGCACAUAGUACAUUGUACAUAGGUCAAUGCUUGGUCAUGCUGUAUGAAAUAAGAAGCUUUCUUAAAAUUAUGUAAAUAUAUUUUUCAUAACAUGAAAUAUCUAAAGUCAUAAACUUUUUGUGACAGCAAUUUUUCUUCUUUUAUGAAUCAAAUAAAUUAUUCUGAUUAUUUUUUUUUUGUGUUCUAAAUCAUUGUGAUAAAAGGCAAAUUAGUAUUCCAGACUAGUUUUCUUUCCUGAACUGUUGCAACAAUUCUUUUCCUAGGCCUGGUCAUUUGUAUCUGUGAGCUAUCUGGUUGAGCCAAAAACAAUUGUUUUCUUCUUAGGAAUGUGGCUUGUUAGGUCGGGACUGUCCAUGACCUGGAGUCCGUCUUCAUCAUUAGGAUUGUCACAAUUUUGUUUUGGUGGCCAUUGUCGGAACAUUGCUGGUUGUUAGCUUGUAACUUCCUGCUAAGCUGUAAAUGUAAAGUGCAAAUUUAAUGCCCUAGUUCCUGAAGUCUUCCGUUUUCAUUAGCCAUUAGAAACGAUCAUGAUAAAUGGAACUUGUGAAAGGUAUUAUAUUCAGUGCCAUAUACAAUGUCUAUGACUGAUCAUCAAGGAUUUCUAUGCCUUUAAAUCAUGAGAGCUUGUUCUGUUGUCUUCUAUGAGUGGCUUGAAAGAAUAAUGUCAACCUGGGAGUGCCCCAAACUUCCUGGUUGUAACGUAACCUUUCACUUACACUUCCUUUUUUUUUUCUUCAUCUUUUUUGUGUUUUAUGUUUGCUUGAAGGAAAGAUGGAAGUUGCUCUUAGUGGAAGUAACAUUUGUUCCAGUAGGUAAAGCUUGAUUUUUGCUAGUCCCUUUUAUGAGAAAAGUACUACCACAAACUGUGUCCAUUAAAAAAAAAUCCUACCAUAUGUUUACAUAGUUACUGCCUUUUAGCAGAGGCUUGUCUCUUUGUGAUUGUCUUAAAUUGUGUUCAUAAACUCAGGAGAAAAACAAAAUGUAGGGGACAUUAAAUUUUGUACACCCCAUUGUACUCUUGAACUACUAUUGUUAGACUUUUUAAAAUAUUACCCAUGCACUUGUAGUCUGACAUAUUUCUGACCAAGCAGUUUGAUUUAUAGCAUGUGUACCAGCCAAGACUACGGUCUUGUAAUUGAUAAUUUUCUUUUGUGUUCAAAACCAGAUUGUACUUGUGUGCACAUCAAUUCUCUUACUUUUUAUUUGUGUAUUUUCAUCAAAGGGGAGAGCCUUUCGUCUCUAUCAGCAAAUUUUUUCUUUGUUAUAAAAUUUUGUGGUUGUUUUGAACUUAUGUGAUAUUUUUAUGCCAAUCCUGAACAUCACAGAACUUAAGUAAGUAUACUGUAGUAACAAGGAUCUAAAAAGAAUCGACAAUGUUCCCGCAGCUCCCAUCUUUAGUUCAGAAAAGUGCUAACGAUGGCUGCAUAGUUCUUUGAACUCAAAGAAACACAGUCGUACCGUUCAAGGGGAACUGACUAAUAAAUACCCUCCCUGUACCAUUGAUCUCUAUUUAUUUUAUUUUUAAAUACAGUCUUCAUUGUAAUUCCUCAUGUGGGGGCUUUAUAUGUUCAGUCUGUACAGUAGAUAUUAAUUUACAUGUAAUAAAAUGCGUAAAAUUGUUUCA